UCCGUCUCUAAGGGCGGGGCCCAGGAAGAUUAGGCACAAUCACUUUGAGGAGUUUGAUAACACUUCUCGGGAAAGCCAGUUAAACUGUAACUAGUACCUGGAGGAAGAGCAGAAGCCUGCCGGCGAUUCUGAUUACCCAGAGGGCAGAGCCAGGACUGGAGGGGCUGCUGGGCCAGGGCCAGGGCCAGGGGCCCAGCCUCGGGGAAAGUGGGAGGGUGGGGCCCCGCUGGGCAGGUGCCCCGAGGUCCCGGCGAGUCGGCGAGUCUCUGCACUCUGGAUCCCCACCCCCCUUUUCCCUCCUGAGGAAAGUCAAAGCCAGGCCUCUCCUGAGUUUGUGCCUAAACGUGUGGUGAGGGAGGAGGGCACCAAAACUCCUCAGAAGAGAGGACGUGGUGCAGUCGCGGGGACUGGCUGACACAGACAAAUGCCGGUGCCCUUCUUUAUGUGUGUGAAGGGUGGCUCUAAAUCCAGGUGAAAGCUCACCUUAGGCCACCUCACUUUUUUUUUUUUUUAAGAUUUUAUUUGUUUAUUUGACAGAGACAGCGAGAGAGGGAACACAGGCAGGGGGAGUGGGAGAGGGAGAAGCAGGCUUCCCGAGGAGCAGGGAGCCCGAUGCGGGGCUCGAUCCCAGGACCCUGGGAUCAUGACCUGAGCCACCCAGGCGCCCCUGUCCACUUCACUUUUACAAAAGACCUACAUGAGUCCCUGUUUUCACGGACCAAAACAAAUCCCAAGAGGGUUUUUGCUUUUCUGGAAAAAGGCAAAAAGUGCAAAUAGCUUGUUCAGCGUCUGUUCGGCAGCAAGCCGCAGAUGGAAGCCCGCGCGCCGGGGGCUGCUCAGCAUCUCAGCUCCCGACCCCCAACCCCCGCCCCCGGCUCUACCUACGUUUAUUUGUGCUGUUAGCAAGGUGUGUCCUAAGGUAGCAGAAAAGCCUAAGACGGGUUACUUUUGCGUCUGGGAACGCUGAAAAAACUUUCCAUAUAAAUUAACGAUUAAAUUAAACCAUCUUCGCUUUACAUCUUUUCUGCUUAUGGAAGUUUUCACAAAGAACACUCUUCUUUCAGAGACCAGGAAAACCUGUAUUUGUUCCUGUUGUUUACACUUUACAGAGAAUUUUGCAGACCUUUUUUUUGAUCACGAGCCACCAUUUAAAAAAAAAUGUUUUCCACUCAUACACACACUUAAAUAUAGAUAUCUGAAGCAACAAUUUCACAAAACGAUACCUACCCUACGUACAUUCUGGUAUUUUCAGUUCUCUGGCUGUUCAUGUUUUAAAUCUCGGUCACGAUCCAUGAUCCACAAAACAUUUCUGAGGGCUCACAACCUGCACUUUUUAAAAAACCCUGCCCAGUGUAAACCUUACAGAAUGGUUUCAUAUCCUCUAUCUUGUGCGGCUCUUACACUGUCCUGGGUGACUUGGGCAUGUGCUCCAUUCCAUGGUGAGUUCUCCAAGGUCACACUCGGGCGACCAGUGCCCUUGAGAUCUGGCUGAAGCUCCGUGCAGAGCAGGGUUUUUCCUGGACGGCAGACACUGCAGCCCGACCCCCUCACCCUUCCCAGUGCUCUAAGACACUGAAGAAGAGCCCAGGCACCCUUGCACAGGUAAGAGAAACCAAUACGAAAUAGCUCAGAGCCUCCAGCCAACCAGAGCGAGCUGGCCUUACUCAGAUCCACCUUCUUCCAGGUGAUUGGCCCCAAAGGGGCUCUGGGGCUCUGGGCCCCCACCCCAUCCUGGGGCCAGCUUCCUCCAGCAGGCACCACCCCCAGGGGAGUCCCUCUCGGGGCAGUUCAUCUCUGCCUGCUCCUGUGGGUGUGGUUUCCGACAGAUGGCCUGGAGCUGCUUUGUCCCAGUCAACAGGAACUGGUCAUUUCUUCCCUGGCUCCGAGCUCAAGGGCUCUUCUUGGCCGGUUGUCUUACCAGCUUCUCGACAUGGCUCUCCAGGAGAGACUCAGGACCUGGAAGAGACUCUUCUGUUGGCUGCUCCUACUUGCGCUUGGCCUCUUAGGGAUGCUCCAGUAUGGGCUCCCUAUAGUCAGGCAUCUGGAAACCCUCAUCCCCAUGGGUGUCUGCCCUUCUGCCAGAAUGGCCCUGCUGAGAGACAACUUCACAGGUCUCCUGAAUCCCUGGGCCCGGCCUGACGUCCUGACCUGUACCUCCUGGGGGGCCCCCAUUAUUUGGAAUGGCACCUUCGAUCCAGCUGUGGCCCAGCAAAAGGCUCUCCAGCAGAACCUCACCAUUGGGCUGACUGUCUUUGCCGUAGGCAGAUACCUGGAGAAGUACCUGGCGCGCUUCCUGGAGACGGCCGAGCGGCACUUCAUGGCGGGCCAGCGCGUGGUGUACUACGUGUUCACCGAGCGCCCGGCCGCCGUGCCCCGCGUGGCGCUGGCCCCGGGCCGCCGGCUGCGCGUGGAGCGCGUGGCGCGCGAGCCGCGCUGGCAGGACGUGUCGAUGCGGCGCAUGCGCACGCUGCACGAGGCGCUGGGCGGGCGGCUGGGCCGCGAGGCGCACUUCGUGCUCUGCAUGGACGUGGACCAGCACUUCCGCGGCGCCUUCGGGCCCGAGGUGCUGGCCGAGUCGGUGGCGCAGCUGCACGCCUGGCACUACCACUGGCCGCGGCGGCUGCUGCCGUACGAGCGCGACGCGCGCUCGGCCGCCGCGCUGGCGCCGGGCGAGGGCGACUUCUACUACCACGCGGCCGUGUUCGGGGGCAGCGUGGCGGCGCUGCGCGGGCUGACGGCGCACUGCGCGCGGGGCCUGCGGCGGGACCGCGAGCGCGGCCUGGAGGCGCGCUGGCACGACGAGAGCCACCUCAACAAGUUCUUCUGGCUGCACAAGCCGGCCAAGGUGCUGUCGCCCGAGUUCUGCUGGAGCCCCCAGAUCGGCCGGCGGGCCGAGAUCCGCCAGCCGCGCCUGCUCUGGGCGCCCAAGGAGUACGCCCUGCUGCGCGACUAGGCCCCCCACCGGGCCCGGAAGGGGGCCCCUGAAGCCGUGCGGGCGCCCCGGAGGGCGGCGAGAGCUUGGACGCAAAGAGCCCUGCCCGCUCCGGCCAGGUGCCCGGCCGUGGGAUCGUGACGGUGGGAGGAGGAGCGUGGCCUUUGGGGAGCUUCUCGCUGGGAGGGAAAGUUCCCCUUUCCCCCACUUUCAACAGCGACCGACAACGACGCACGCUGAGCAGGAGCGCCUCGGUCAGGCUGCCUCUGGACCUUUCACCUCUGACCUUACUGGAUUCGGCUGAUGCCUCCUGAAGGGCUGUUUUAGCCCCCGUCACCCACCGCCACCCCCAGCCCCCUUUUUGAUGAGACUGAGACGCAAAAAGGGAGCAUAACUGCCUAAGGACACAGAAUCUGUGAGUCAGUCUGGGCAGACGCUGCAGAGCCAGGACUGGCCCUCACUCCGAAAAGACAGUAGCCUCCGGGCGAACAGGAGAAAGCUUCUGCUGCAGGAGAAACGUGGUGGCAUCCGAGUCCUUUGCUUUGCCCUUCCACCUCCCCCGCCCUCAAGCAUAGUUUGUACAUAUUUAAGUAAUAUUGUAAUAAAAUUAUUCCAAAAGUG